AUGACGGUGUCUUUCUGUGGACCGACUCUUAAGAGAUUUGCUGGUCUCUCUUCCUCCUUCACGUUGCGAAAUCUUUUCACUCGGUGCGCGUCUGUCAUUUAUUUUCCUGUGCUGCUUGGUGUGCUGGUGUUACAGCGUGCAGGGGAAAUGGAAAUAGGCGGCCACGACUGUGAUGUCUGUGGCGCAGAUUGUUCAACCUUGCGUUAUAUGUCAUGUUGUCAGGAUCUCUUGCGGCUCAUGUUCCGCUCCUCUGGAUGCUGUCCAGGUUUUGACCCACCACAUCAAAGUGAUACAAGAACUAUUUAUAUAGCAAAUCGUUUUCCCCAGCAUGGCCAUUACGUUCCUCAGAAGUUUGCAGACAACAGAAUUAUAUCAUCCAAGUAUACAGUAUGGAAUUUUGUUCCAAAAAACUUAUUUGAGCAGUUCAGAAGAGUAGCCAACUUUUAUUUUCUGAUUAUAUUUUUGGUUCAGCUAAUGAUAGACACCCCUACCAGUCCUAUUACCAGUGGAUUGCCAUUAUUCUUUGUCAUAACUGUCACAGCCAUAAAACAGGGUUAUGAAGACUGGCUACGACAUAAAGCAGACAAUGAAGUAAACGGUGCUCCAGUUUAUGUUGUUCGAAGUGGUGGCCUUGUAAAAACUAGAUCUAAAAACAUUCGGGUAGGGGACAUUGUCAGAGUAGCCAAAGAUGAGACUUUUCCUGCUGAUCUGGUGCUUUUGUCAUCUGAUCGAGUGGACGGUUCAUGCCAUGUUACUACUGCAAGUUUGGAUGGAGAGACCAAUCUUAAGACACACGUUGCAGUCCCAGAAACAGCAGUCCUGCAGUCCGUUGCCAACCUGGACAAACUUGUAGCAGUUAUAGAAUGUCAGCAGCCAGAAGCAGAUCUGUACAGAUUUGUUGGAAGAAUAACUGUAAGUCAACAAACUGAAGAAAUUGUACGACCUCUUGGGCCUGAAAGUCUCUUACUUCGUGGAGCAAGAUUAAAAAACACUAAAGAAAUAUUUGGUGUUGCAGUGUAUACAGGUAUGGAGACAAAGAUGGCAUUAAAUUACAAGAGUAAAUCUCAGAAACGGUCAGCAGUAGAAAAGUCCAUGAAUUCCUUUUUGAUUAUUUAUCUAAUUAUCCUCCUCUUUGAAGCCAUUCUGAGUACUAUUUUAAAGUAUGCAUGGCAAGCUGAAGAAAAAUGGGAUGAACCUUGGUAUAAUGAAAAAACAGAGCAUGAAAGAAACAGCAGUAAG